GAUGGACUCAACAAAGAGAUCCUUUUGUACUGAACUACUCACACCAUAAUUCGAGUCGACCUCCCAACAGAAGUUAGUAGCUUUCAUCGCACACGGAGCCUGGUUUCUUCCGCCGCGUUGCGCCAGUACGGCGCGAUUUAGUGUGUGCAGGCAGCAGUAUGUAUAUCCGACAGCGGCCAGACAGACAGUACUAAAGUAAUGUCGCUUUUCCCAUGGCCGGUGCUACGUGUAGCGGUUGCUUUGUGCAGCUGCGGGCCACGACUGGCGGACGGCUUACGACUAAGAGCGGGCAAGUCCGUGGCCGGCGAUCAGCAACGAGCAUACGCGGGACUUGCCGAUCGCGGUAAAGAUGUUGGAAGCUCGGGUUCGAUGCUUCUUGCUACGGGCAGGCGUGCCGAUAGACGAGGAUCAAGACGUGGACGGAAAACUACAUUGGCACCGCCAUCCGGCGGCAAGCGUCUUCGUGAGCUCGAUGCAGUCAGAAAAGCCGUGCUGGAUAUGGUGGAGCAGGCAGAAGGCUCCGCAAAGGAGCAAGAAGACGCCUUUUGCAAACAGAAGAAAUUCAUCGAAAAAGCAAAGAAGGCUGCUACUGACAGCAUAAAAGUGAAGAAGCAGCGCGCGAAGGAUGCAUCUGAAGCAGAGAAAAUUGCUAGCGCAAAACAAGCGGAGUUGCAGGUGCGAGCACGUGAAGCACGAGAAAAUGUGGAGAAGAACGAAUUUUUGAUGGAGAAAGCCGAACGAGAACGCGAAAAAGAGUCGAAGGAAUUCGCAGCGCAGAAAGCGGACAUGGACCAGAGUGUGCAAGCGCUAGCGCAGACGCUCUUAGUUCUCGAGAAGAAAGAGUAGGAAACCAUUCUUAAGCAUCUGAGACUGAAUUUUCCGUUGUCAUCUUCCCGUUCGAAGCAAGAGAAUUGGAAAUUGUUAGCAAAGCGCAGCGAUUACUAGUGACACGAAGUAGAUGAUUCCCCUGAUAACAGUGGCAGCGUCAUUUGAGGUGGUAUGUCGGAGCUCUAAGCCACACAAUCCGACAUUCCGAAAUUGUUGCAGGGCACUUCCGGAUCAUUCUUGCGACAGCGCGAGCCUCAACUUGUAGAGUCCUUGCUAUCGCAACAGCCGGAGCAGGGCGCCGAAAGUAGUCCGGACAGCGAUCUUCUUGGAGGCAUUUUGACGACGUUACGGGAAACAAUGUUGCGUGAUAAAGCGGACUUGGAGCAACAGGAGAAGGAAGACUCGGAGAAAUUCGAAAGAAACAGGAAAAUCGGGCGAGAAUCCACGGCUCGGUACUUCGUGAGGCAUGAUGGAAAUGUGUAAUACUCCAGAUUCUUGGUGCUAGUUACUUUAAGAAGGCGUGAUUUCCCGCAUAAUAUUAAUGUAUUGGUGAUCAUCCAACAUUUCCCAAGUACGUCUACAGUAUCCUUUGUCUAGUAGGCCAUAGUUUAUGUUACUGCUGCUCAUGUCGUCUUUGCUCCAGGCUUCGUAACGUACUGGAGACACUGCAGGAAGACCUUAGCGAUACGGGAAAGCAGUUGGCAGACGCGAGGACGGAGCGCAGCGCCGCUCAGAAGUACGAUGAGAACGAGACGCGCGAUUGGGAUGUGGAAUUGCAAAAUCUGGUGACUGCAAGGGACCAUGCCCGCAAGGAGGAGGCAGCUGUGCGCGAUGGCAUGCAUAAAGCAGUGACGCUACUCGAGGACUUUGGAAAGAGUGUUGUUGUCAUAGAGCAGGAGGACAAGGAAGUGGUAGACGAAAUGACGGUCGGUGAGACUGCAGAUGAAACGGUUGAAGGUCGCGAAGAAGAAGAGUCGACGAGUGAGCAGGGAUAUGACCCAACAUCGAAGCAGAAUAUCGAUGCUAGUAAGAAGUCCGGUAGCGAGGCCAGAGACGAGGCGCAGGUGGAUCAAGGGGAUGCAAAAACGAGAAAGCAAAAGGAUCAAAAUGUGGGAAUGCACAGUGAGAAGGCGCCAGAGAGAGGCGCCAGCGAGAAUGUUGUCGUUGAGGAGGCUUUGGCCGAAGGAGGCACUACAGAGGCUGUCGCAUCCGACCAAACGCAGCGUGGAGUUGCGGAAACGAUGAGAGUAACCAGUGAGUCUGAGGACGCGACGACAACCGAGCGGCAGACUUCAUCGACGAAGACGACUGCUGCGAAGACGCUGCUAAGGCAUGUCCAAGAAAGUAGCCCCCUGUCCUUUCUUCAAUCUCGAGUUACCGCAAUUGAAGGUCAGCGCGACGUGUCUGGUAUACUGAAAACGAUAAAUGAUCGAAUACAAGAAAUAGAGGCCGCGAGUAAAGACGCGGCAGCUGUACAUGCAAAUUGCGAGAAGGAAAUGGCUGCCGGAAAUGGUCUUCAACAUAAGCAAUUGCUUAAUGAAGUCGCAAUCACGAGUAACUCAAUACACCCAAUUUCAAAGAUUCCUUGUACUUUCCAAUAUGUGUUCUCAGCUGCAUGCUGGCAGGAAGUAGGUGUUGCAUUCAUUUUCCGAUACCACAACAGCUGCUGUGCAGACGGCAAAGCAUGCUUCGACGCUAGCUGCAGAUGCAGCAGAAAAAGCGACGCUCGAUCUUAAAGCAUUGAAAAGUGCAGCUGUUGUUGCCGAGAAGGCACUGGAAGAUGCUAGGGUGGAGCGAUCAGAGCUCACUGGCACGAUACAAGCAAAUGAAAAGGCCUUCCAGAAUGCAAAGGUUGAGCAUCAACGUGCGAAAAUUGUGUUUCGAGAUGCGCGCUCGAUUAUCGCGGAAGCAAAAAUGGACAACGCAGCCCCGGUCUUGGCACUAUUUGACUCAAUUCUAUCAAGCGUCAAAGCUGAAGAUAAAGAUGCUGAAGCUGACUUCCGGAAGGAAAGCGCGUCUCUGAAAUCUGAUUCCGAGGCUCUUGCAGCACGGGAAGCAGACGCCUAUGAGCUCUUCAACCAGAAAGCGGCGAACGUGGCGGCAUAUGAGGUUCGACUCAAGGACACUAGAUAGAGCCCUUCGUUGUAAUGGCUGAGUCAGAGUUAACAAGUAAUGCACCCAGAAUGACUGGACUGGGAGGAAUAGGAUUCACAAUGAUUUCUACAGACGAUGUGAGGCACUGAAGAUUUUUCGAGGACAUUUUUUUUGAGAAAUAUUAGAGUUUUUCUUCUGCGCCUGGGCGCGUCAUUGAUUACUGUUAGCCCAAUUUCUUUUUGGAGUCCUGCGCCUGAAUAUUGCAGGUGAAGGCGGCCUCGUUAAUGGAUGAAAAAGACGCAGCGGACAAGUCGCUUACCGCGAAAGACAUUGAAGGGGAAAAUGUGGAAAGAGUUUGUCGCAAUGUGUUGGAAAACUUCAGAUCGGA